AUGCCUGUCGAUGUACCUCGUUCUGUUGUGAAAAAGCUGAUGCUUUUCACGGCCGCUAUGGUCAUUCUUCCCGUCCUGACAUUUUUCGUUGUUCAGCAGUUCACGGACAACACGUUGGUGAGCGGAGGAACUGCUGCUUUAAGUGCCAAUUUGGUGCUCAUCGCAUAUGUGAUCGUGGCCUUCACCGAAGAUAUCCCAACAGAAGAAUCAACUAAGACUGAAAAAGAGGAUUAA